AAACUCGAGUUGAAUGAUCGUCCACACCCUCACUCCUGCCUCUAAAAGCCAGCUUGAGGAAAGAACGCCGCCUUCCAGUUUCUAGAACCCUUUUAGUGGCAAACUGCAAAGUGUCCAUACGUUUCAGUUUUUCCAUUCAUCUCAGCCUCAAAACUCUUCUUUUGGCACAAUGGCAGCGCUGGGCUCACGUGGCACUGUUACCGAGGCAACAGGCUUCAGUGCAGAACAGGACGUCCAAAAACUGAGAGGUGCCAUGAAGGGUGCAGGCACGGAUGAGGCAGCUAUAAUUGAGGUCCUCAGUCACCGCACGAUUGCUCAAAGGCAGAGCAUCAAGGAGGCUUACAAGCAGGCCGUCGGCAAGGACCUGGCUGACGAUUUGAAGUCGGAGCUGACGGGAAACUUUGAGAAGGUCGUGAUUGGUCUGCUGAUGCCGGCUCCCGUCUACGACGCCUACGAGCUGAGGAAUGCCAUAAAGGGAGCAGGGACGGAAGAGGCUUGUCUUAUUGACAUCCUGGCCUCCAGAACCCCUGCGGAGGUCAAGGCCAUCGCAGCCACCUACAGCAAGGAAUAUGGAAAGAGCCUGGAGGAGGACGUGUGUGGUGAUACUUCUGGAAUGUUCCAGCGGGUUCUGGUCUCUUUACUCACGGCUGGGCGUGAUGAGAGCACCAGUGUGGACGAAGCCCAGGCAAAGCAGGACGCUAAGGAAAUCUAUGAGGCCGGGGAAGCUCGCUGGGGUACAGAUGAGGUGAAGUUUCUAACGGUGCUCUGUGUGAGGAACAGGAACCAUUUGCUCAGAGUGUUUGAGGAGUACCAGAAGAUCUCUGGGAGAGAUAUUGAAGACAGCAUAAAGAGAGAGAUGUCUGGCUGUCUGGAGGAUGUCUUUCUGGCCAUAGUGAAAUGCAUCAAAAAUAAACAGGCAUUCUUUGCUGAGAGGUUAUACAAAUCCAUGAAGGGCCUUGGUACCACUGACAGUGUUCUGAUCCGAAUCAUGGUGGCCCGGGCCGAGAUCGACAUGGUGGACAUCAAAGCCGAGUUUCUAAAGAUGUACGGCAAAACCCUCCACUCGUUCAUUAAGGGCGAUACGUCGGGUGAUUAUCGUAAGAUCCUGCUGGAGCUGUGCGGAGGAGAGAAAUAGAGGAGGCGCAGUUUGACUCUGCCGGGGAGGUGCCUUUCAUUAGAGCGGGAAAAGCCUUCUCUCACCGCACCCUACGGCUUUUAAUUUACACACACACACACACACACUCACACUCACACACGCACACACACACACAUUCACCCUCACCCUCACCCUGUUUUCACACUUUCUAAUACCAAUUAAACCUGAGCAGAGUGACAUUUCUAA